AAAUUUGUUCGCGCUGUGCGGUUGUGUGGAGCGGAAACUUGAAAUUUACUUUCAAUUUGUCCAAAGUUUUUCAUUUGUGUUGUACUCGUUCGUUCGUUCGCUUGUUCGUUCGGUUCGUUCGCAUUGUUGAUUUCAAUUGUGAGCGAAGAAGCAGCAUCCCACAAAACUGCAGGAGCUGCUUUCUGAAUCGGUUGAAUAAAACGCGGCAAUAUAUUCUAUGAAUGCAAUUUAAAUAGAAAUCAGCAGAAAAAUUGAAAGUGAAAUUUGGUACAAAAAUAACAACGGUAAAGCAAAUACACCGCGACGACGCGCAAAAAAUUUUUUGAAUGAAACCCUAAAAAGAAGCAACAAGAAAAUUAAUCUAAGAGAAAAAUAAAUAUUAAUAAUUAAAUAUCUAACGGAAAAAGCAAAUUACCAAUUUGUAUUUAUUACAAAAGUGUUUAACAGUUUAACAGUAAAAAUUAAAAGUGUUCCUUUUUCGAGCGAUUUAAAUUUGAAUUCAAGAAAACAACAAUAACACACAGCAGCCGCAGUAGCAGCAGCAGCAACAACAACAAUAAUAAUAAGAAAACCUUAUGUACUUGGUUGACAUAUCGGGAGAAACUUAGGGUUUAACAUUUAACCAGACUCGACAUCAGACAUCACGGCAAUUGCGCAAGUAAAAUUUCUGUGUAAAGUUGCCCAUCAAACCAAACAAAAUCAACUACAAAGUAGGCGGAAGGAAAGAAACCAACACAUUCAAAUGCAAAUGUUGUGCGCCCCGAGGACACAUUGCCCAGCAGCUGGUUAUCAAUAAUAAUUCUUUUUGGCCGGUUCCAUAAGAACAACCAACCACUAAGCACUGUGCGGCGAAAGCACUGUGCCAUUUUGGAAAGCAUUGGAAACUGAAUACACACAGACAAAAUAUAGCACAAUGUUGGAUCGAUGUGAAAUGCCGAUACAAUUGGACAACGAGAAGCUCAGACGCGACGUGCGUCUGUCCAGCUCCAGGCUGGAUCUGCCACAGUUGUGCAACGUGAGUCGUCGCCUUGAUAGCCACAUCAGCAACAGCAACAACAAUAAUAACAACAACGUGAAUGAGACAACAACGACAACACUAAACGGCAAUGGCAGCAACGGCAGCAGCAGCAACAACAACAACAACAACCUUGGCUCACCGGUCUCCUGCUCGACCACAAACAGCAGCAGCGGCAAUGAGCGUGGCUCCUCGACCAAAUCAAACAGCAGCAGCGGCAGCUCCGGCAACUCGGCGAGCAGCACAGGAAGCGCCGAUCUGAAAUGCAACACGCCCAUGACACCAUCAGAGCUCGUUAAGAAGUUUCGCAACUAUCUGACUGAUCUGGAGUUUGAGGAGCUGAAGGUGUACAAGGAGGUUUGGUAUUUCGGCCAGCAUGCCAGCAAGAAUUACAAUAAGCCCGCCCCCACAGCCAAUACAACAAACAUGGGCUAUGACGAUGAUAAUGGCAACUACAAAAUCAUUGAACACGAUCAUAUAGCCUUUCGCUAUGAGAUAUUGGAGGUGAUUGGCAAGGGGAGCUUUGGUCAGGUGAUCAGAGCGUUAGAUCAUAAGACCAACACACACGUGGCCAUUAAAAUCAUAAGGAAUAAGAAGCGGUUCCUCAACCAGGCGGUCGUUGAGCUCAAUAUAUUGGAUGAGCUGCGUGAAAAGGAUGCGGAUGGAUCUCAUAAUGUUAUACACAUGCUGGACUAUACAUAUUUCCGUAGGCAUUUGUGCAUUACCUUCGAGUUAAUGAGCCUUAAUCUCUACGAGCUGAUAAAGAAGAACAAUUACAAUGGUUUCAGCAUGAGUCUCAUUAGACGCUUCUGCAAUUCGAUUGUUAAAUGCCUGCGUUUGCUCUACAAAGAGAAUAUCAUACACUGUGAUCUCAAGCCGGAAAACAUUUUGCUUAAACAGCGCGGCAGCAGCUCCAUCAAAGUCAUCGAUUUUGGCAGCUCGUGUUAUGUGGAUAGGAAAAUCUAUACGUACAUUCAGUCGAGGUUCUAUCGGUCCCCGGAGGUGAUAUUGGGCCUGCAAUAUGGCACUGCCAUUGACAUGUGGAGCUUGGGCUGCAUAUUGGCCGAGUUGUACACGGGCUUCCCACUCUUUCCCGGCGAGAACGAGGUGGAGCAGUUGGCCUGCAUCAUGGAGGUGCUGGGACUGCCUCCCAAGGUGCUCAUCUCGGUGGCGAGACGUCGCCGCUUGUUUUUCGAUUCACGUGAUUAUCCGCGUUGCAUAACCAACACAAAGGGACGCAAGCGAACGCCGGGCAGCAAGAAGUUGUCACAGAUUGUGCAUUGCCAGGAUCAUUACUUCAUCGAUUUUCUGCAGCGUUGUCUCGAAUGGGAUCCCGCGGAGCGUAUGACCCCCGAUGAGGCCGCACACCACGAGUUCCUGCAGCCAUCAGCGUCGAGUCGCCAUCGCAGUUGCCGCAUGUCGACGAGCUCGUCGAGUUCGGGUCUCAACAGUGUCUCCCAGAAGUCUUCCUGCUACAACUUUGCAGAGAUCUCACCCGGCAGCGGCGGCGGCCCCGUUGUGGCAUCCAUAACGAGCACCACGGCGGUCAGCAAUGCGGCCAUCACCACCAAGUCGAGCUCCAGUUCGCGCCAGCCACACAGCCAGAGUCACAACCAGAGCCAGAUGCAGAGUCACAGCCACAGCCACAGCCAUGCCCAGUCCAAUGGACACCUGCCCGACAUUAAGCUCAGUGUUAGCGACAAAUACAACAGCAUGCAGAAGGUGGCGGUCCGCUCGAAGAUCACCUCGAGCGUCUCAGACCUCGAGUCUGUCCAGCAGUAUUCGCUGCAUCGCAUCUACGGCGGCGUCGGCAGGGGCAGCACACAGCACGUCUCCUCGGCGGCGACCCGGAAGCAUCUGAAUGGCGGCAGCGGCGGCAACACGACCACCAGCAGCAGCAGCAAGUAUGGCAGCUCGACGCUGGCACACAAUCAUCACAAUUUGACACAUCACAAUGCCUCGACGGCGACAAUUGCGACUGCAACACAUCACCAUCAUCAUCAUCAUGGACAGACACAGGUUGGAGGUGCUGGUGGCUCCUCUUCAAAUGUGGCCAUGUCCCAUUCACAGUCGACUGGCGAUGUCUCGGAUCGGGCCAUCUUUGGGCGGGCUUGACUUCGCGCCCGGCCAACGAAGCUCGAGCUCAAGAAGUACAAACUGGUGAAUAUGAUGGACUUCUGGAGCUAGAAGUGGCGUCCACAGCAAUGCGCUGCCCUGCGGGAGGAGGAGCUGGACGAGGUGAAGGCUCCGACGACUGGCCCGCCAUAGAUCUAAAGAUAUCUAAUUGUUAUAUAGGCUACGUAUGUGUAGGUUUGGUUUAUAUUUGUACAUGUCUGUGUGUUUGUAUUUGUGUCCCGGUUUUGUUGAAGGCAAAGCUGAGCGCAAAGCUCUAUGUAUUCCUCAAAACGAAGCCACGAAAUAACUCUAUAUAGAUAAGAGCAUAAGUAACCAAUCCAAUAAUACAAUAUAAUGUAGUUAAACAGACACACACAAACACGCAAACACACACACACACUUGCAACACUCUGCAGUAUUCUCAGUUUUCUCUGAUUUCUUGCUACUGCCAUAGCUAAAUAUUUGUAUUUGUACUUUCCCGAAUAAGUAUUUCCACUCUGUAUUUUAAACUUGCCUCAUCUCUCUUUCUCCACAUUUUACUGUACACCAUCCACAACCAGCUCAAAGGAACAAACAAACAACAACAACACGUAACAUAGUUAUACAUUGGAUAGUUUGUAGUACUCUAAUAUAGUAAUAUGGUAAUUCUACGAUAUACGAUUGUAUCGACUCAAAUCUGUAACAAUUUCAUACAGCUUCCAUGUCUUUUGCAACAGUAUCAAGGCUGUUAUUAGUUACAUAUGCAAAAUGUAGCUAAACACAUAUAUGUAAUAUUCAACAAACAAACAAAAAACAUAAAUAUUAUGUAUAGCAUAAGUUUUGGUAUAGGUUCGAAUGUUUCACUUACAAUACAGCUCGCGAACAUAUGAUCGAAAUACACAGCUAAUAUAUCACGUAACUCCAUAACGAAGAACAUAUUCAUAGACCCACCAACUUAUCAAUCUACACAUAAUUAUAUGAAAUAUAUAUUGCAUCUACUCCAUUGCGGAGAUAUUGAAACAUUCGAACCAUGUUAGAAUCACCCCAAAAUGGGAGAAUUAUGAAAUAGGAUCCAACAAAUCAACUCAUCAAACAUGUCAUAAUCUAAUGAGUAAACAUAUUUAAUGAACGUAAUUAUGCCUAGUUAUAAUAAACUUUUGUGCAAAUCGAAGAAGCAGAAGAAGAACAACAAACAAACAAACAAUUAUGGCCAAUAUAUAAGAUGGAACUUUAAUUAAUUCUAUGUAAAUCGUAUUAGUCGAAAAAAAACAAGAAAUAAACAAAACAAUUUUAUUAUAAUCAAUUAAGAAAUACACAACAAGAACACACAGUUGAUUAUUAAGCGUUGGCAGAGUGUGCUCCCUUUUGCCCCCUCUUUCCCCUAUAAUCCCCUCAAAAAACACACUCUCCGUCUCUAUAUCUGAACCUAGACUGUCAUUGAACAAAGUUUGUAAUGUAAUUUUAGAUAUCACUGUAAACAAAUGCAACUUUUGCUCAUGACUUUGAUAAUGUAAACGUUUAUAAAUACAACAAACAUUUGCGUAUGAAUAUAAAAAUACGACUAUGUACGAAUAUAAUGUAUCACAGAAUUAGAAUAUUUACAAGUUAAUUCGCCUAUUUUACGUAUUAUUUAUAUUAUGUAUUUUUCUCUGCUGAUUCUUACUACUGCAAUUACUAGUUUUCUUUCCUUUAAAAUGUAUUAGGCCUUUUCAUUUCAAUAUACAAACUACAAAAUAUACAUACAAAAAUGAAAACAAAAACAAAACACACUUGAUUCGAAUUUAAAGUUUAGUAUUAAAUUUAACAAUAACAAAAUCUACAUUUAAAUUUAAAAAUAUAUCAAUUUUUGAUUAAUGAAUCAUAUUAAUGGUUUA